AGGAGGCAGUUUAUAGACAACAUUGGAAACGAUUAAUUGUAUUAAAAGUGUGUGGUUAGCAUGGAAACUGAGGGUAAGGUGAUCAAGUGCAAGGCAGCAGUGGCCUGGGAACCAGGAAAACUGUUCUCCAUUGAGGAGGUGGAGGUUGCCCCUCCCAAAGCACAUGAAGUACGAAUUAAGAUAAUAGCAUCUGGAGUAUGCCACACAGACUGGACUUUCCUCCAUGAGGUUGGUAAAACAAUGAAUCCCCAGCCCUUUCCUGUGAUCUUGGGACAUGAGGGGGCAGGAGUGGUGGAGAGUGUUGGUCCAGGUGUCACAAAGAUGUCUAAAGGAGAUAAAGUUAUUCCUCUAGUUGUGCCACAGUGUGGACAAUGUGAACGCUGCCUGAAUCCAAAGACAAACCUCUGUACCAAAAACUGGAAGAAAACUCAGCAAUGUCUUCUUGCAGAUGGCACCAGUAGGAUCACCUGCAAGAAUCAGCAGAUUUACCAGUUUAUUGGUAUCAGCACCUUCUCUGAAUACACUGUUGUGCCAGAGGACAAUGUCACCAAGAUUCACCCAGACGCUCCACUGGACAGAGUCUGUCUGCUGGGCUGUGGAGUGUCUACAGGAUAUGGGGCAGCAGUGAACACAGGCAAAGUAGAAUCUGGCUCUACAUGUGCGGUGUUUGGUUUGGGAGCUGUUGGACUGGCAGCUGUCAUGGGAUGCAAGGCUGCCGGUGCUUCCAGGAUCAUUGCCGUUGACAUCAACCCAGACAAGUCUGAGAUUGCCAAGACUUUUGGAGCAACUGAGUUUGUGAACCCUAAACAUUAG